AUGUUUCGAUACUAGACAUUAUCGAUAGAACUUACCGUCGAUGGCUUCGCAGCUCUAAAAGAAAGAAAGAAAGGAGAAAGGAAAUUGUACUAAUAUAAUAAUAAUAAUAAUAGUGGUAACCACGGGACUAACUUGUGGGACAUAGGACUUUUGUCUGCCCAUACACCCUAACACACACACACUUUUAGUAUUUUGCACGGGCAAAACACUCGUAUAAAUGCAAUGCCAACAUGUCAUUGUAUGUGUGGUGACCGCUGAUAUAGAAUAAUAAACCAAAUCAGAGCAGAGAAAACUAAAGCCAUAAGCUAUAUCGGAUCGGAUAUCAGGCAAUUCCAGUGACCAGUCUCCGUUAUCCAUACCAAAUGGGUAACUUUGUGAGCAGGCAGAAUGCGGCGGUCGAGGAGGCAGACCCAAGUACGAACAAUGCCUACAAAUACCCACCGAGGAUGGGCAACUUCUUUGGAACCCACUUCAUUAUGGGUGGCGAGCGUUUCGACACGCCCCAACCGGAAUCGUACUUGUUUGGCGAGAACGCGGAUCUCAAUUUCCUGGGUAAUCGGCCCACGGCCUUCCCGUAUCCCCCACCACAGGCCAAUGAACCGACGAAGACCCUGAAGAGUCUGGUCAACAUUCGCAAGGAAUCGGUGCGUUUCGUCAAGACCCUGAAUGACAAGAAGAUGGGCGGUGUACUUGACAAGCCCAAGAUGAAGGACAUUGACCGGGAUCUGGAUCUGGAGAAGGAGAAGUCUAAUGUAACCAUCGAGGAUGUGGACGGCAAUGUGCUCUGCUCAAUGGGAUUGGGUGGCGGAGAUGCCGACAUGUCGCCGCCACCUCCACCUUGCUCAUACAACAUCGAGUUUACCUUCGAUUCGGACGCCAAGUGCGCCAUUACUAUCUACUACUUCUGCUCGGAGGAUGUUAGUCCCAGUGGCGUGACGCUGGUGCCGCGCGAGGGCCUUACUUCGGAGACAUACCACUACGAGAAAGGAAUUAACCAGUGUUUUUCGCAGCCGGGUCACGUCUUUAACCCACAGCAGAUGCCCGAGGAUGAACUGGGCUAUAGCCCCGGUCGGGAACAGUACCCUGUUGCUAUUCAUUGUGUGGUUGAGGAAGGCAGCGACGAGUGCCGCCAGUCGCACACUACCAUCUGUGUGAUCGACCAUCAUCCGGAGAAUGGCAGCUAUGUUCUUCGUGCCCUCAAGCAGAAGAUCUUCGUGGAUGGCCUGUGCUACCUUCUGCAGGAGAUUUACGGUAUCGAGAACAAGGCGGUAAAUAAGACAUCCCUGGACGAGGAGAUCGACGAUCAUGGGAGCGAAUGUGUUAUCUGCAUGAGUGAGACCAGAGACACUUUGAUUCUGCCUUGCCGCCACCUCUGUUUGUGUAAUUCAUGUGCGGAUUCGCUGCGCUACCAGGCCAACAACUGCCCCAUCUGCAGGGCACCGUUUCGGGCGUUGCUUCAGAUUCGAGCUGUCCAGAAGGGAAUCAGCACGCAUGUGCUGCACCAGAACACACCCACAUCUGCGGCCGGUGAGCCGGCACAAGUGGAUGUGCCACCGGGCUAUAUUCCAGUCUCACUAAUCGAGGCGCUCAACGGGCCUCCGCAGUAUGUGGCCAGGACUAGAACCAGCGAACACGACAUCACAGACUCUGCCGCCACUGUGGCCGCAUCAACAAUGACCAGUGCCGAUAUUAAGGCCACAUCGCCCAUUAAGUCCAGCAGUCAGCGUCGGCCGAAGAUCAAGAAGAACGCUUCGACAUGCACGUCAACCAGUGAGGUAGGCACCAUUACUAACCAAUCUGGCGGCGGUAAUGGGUCCUCCACACACUCUGUCGAGAUCGAAACCGAUCCGAAGAAGUCCAGCACGGCCACAUGUACGUCGCCCACUUUGGGGGCAUCCACUUCGCCAGAACCGAAACAGGACAAAUUGCAGAUCGUCAAUGAACGGAAGUAUCCCAGACCUACAGCUGGAUCUGGCGGUGAUGGCUCUGCGGGCACCGAUGACGAUGUGGACAGUGAAAACGAAAAGCUAUCGCCGCUUCUAUCACCAGGCAGCAAGAGCAAGAACGUAUCUAGCAAAUCUCUGAAGCAGGUGGUAGCUUGCCUGGAGGCGGAUGAUGUUGAUAAGAGUGGCGGUGGCGAUGGACCAUCAGAUGAUUCCAGCCUCAAGAAGGGUUCCUCCCUAAAGCGCACCAAACCAAGGCCCGAACUAAGCGGAGGCGGGGGAUCUUCACCCUCUGAGGCAACGGCAGAGGAUUCUGAUUACUACACACCGGAGGAUACUCAGAACUCGAUAUUAAGCCCACUGUGCCCCACGGAACGAGCCAAAAGCGGUGAUCCCCUGGGAGCCGGAAGCUGUGGAAAUGGAGGCUUAGGCGUUGGCAGGAGUGCAGGAUCAGUAGGCGGACCAACUGGAGUAGGGCCAGUAGUCGUGGGCUUCAGUAGUGCGGUAAAGAAAAACCUACACAAAAAGUCCACAUCAGUGGGCAAUAUGGUGGGCUCCGGUUCGGUGGCUACGGUCGUGGACUUAAAGUCCAACAAUGUGAGCUCCCUUCCAGAUAUGCUGGACAGCCCAAUUAGCGGGAACUCGGCCUCGACGCGAAGUUCCAGUGAUAGCUACUCCUCCAGCUCAUCCACUAAGCAGCUGCUCAGCUCCAAUCCAACCACUACGGCGGCCAACAUCAUUGUUGAUGACAAGACAGCUCUGCAGAAUGCCGUCAAUGUUUAGAGCCGGUCUCAGUUUAAAUUCGCGGAAUUUUUACGUUUCGUUUUAGCCUUGCGUUUACUCUAUUUAUUCGUAGUCACCUAGAUUUAGUUAAAUCAAUGCUGCUUCCCCGCCCGCAGGAACAAAUAAUAUGAGGAGAAUGAGAAUGAGAAUGAGAAUGAUAAGGAGGGAAUGGUCAGGAGCAGAAGGAGGAAGGCCACCAGGACACAACACUUAACCAGUAUACAGUAUACAGACACCACAGACACGGAAAGACACACGUCCCGCAUGCAUGUGUACGUAGUUUAAUCUAGCAUAAUGGCUUGGGUAUAUAACAAAUAAACUAAAUCAAAUAAACAAUGGCGCCUAGGGCGCUGCAUUCCACAAUA